AUGUCUCUGGAGUCUCAGAUUUCAGCCCUCACAGGCGUCGUGCGAUCGAACAAGGAGAGCCUCGAUUAUGCCACCCGGCUCAAGGCCAUCAAGGCUGCUUACGGCUUGCUCGCUGCGUUGAAAUCCUCAGCGGAGACUGUCAUCCAUGACGUCGUCAGGAGCGUGGCCCUCCCGAUGACAAUCCGCAUGGGCGUCCAGCUUGAUGUUUUCAGAAUCAUCAGCAACUAUCAAGGCCAGGGGACUACCAUCCAGCAGAUCGCAGAGAGAUCCGGGGCAAGUGUCCUUCUCGUCGAUCAAAUCAUGAGACUGCUCGCGGCCACGGGAUAUGUCUCGGAGACGGACAUCCAGACAUACGAGCCGUCGCCUCUCACGAGCAUCAUGACCGAUCCCAUCUUCGAAGCAACCGCGAGAGUAUGCUUCGACAUCCUCAACCGGUGCACCACCGCAGCCCCGGAGUUUUUCCGUAAGAACAACAACCAGCUCCCUCGCUCGGCAAGAGACACGCCUUUCCAGCUGGCCAUGAAUACUGACCUCGGUUACUUCGACUGGCUGGGUCAUAACCCGGACCUGUCCAGGGACUUCCAGCAGUGGAUGACUUUGAAGCGGAAGUCAACGCCGAGCUGGUUGGACUGGUUCGAUGUUCAGGGCGCCUUCGUCGACGGAUUCGACAGUGACUCGGCGGACGAUAGCGUCUUGAUUGUUGAUGUCGGAGGUGGCGAGGGCCAUUACCUGCGUGCAUUGAAGGAGAAGAUCCCGUCUCUCCCUGGACGGCUAGUGUUGCAGGACUUGCCGCAUGUUAUUUCGAGUAUAAAGGCGCCUCCGAGAGGCGUUGAGCUGAUGUCGUACGAUUUCUUUACUCCGCAACCGGUGAAGGGUGCUCGAGCAUAUUACAUGCACUGUAUCCUGCACGACUGGGGGGAUCAACAGGCUCGCGAGAUCCUUCGCAAUACCAUCGACGCCAUGGAGCCUGGCUACUCUCGCCUUAUCAUCAACGAAUAUAUUAUCCCUAGUAAGAACUGCGACCUGGUAUUGGCGUAUGUGAGUAUCACGAUGAUGGUUCAGACUGGCGCGUUCGAACGGUCCGAGACGCAAUGGCGUGAGCUGCUCAACUCGGUUGGUCUGAGAGACAUCACCUUUCACCAGCCACUGAGGGGUGGCGAAGGGAUCAUUGAAGUUAUCGUCACGAAGUAG